UGCAGGCGCCAUUGCCAUCUUCCCCUAGCUGCGGGAGGGGUCACAGGUUAGGGUUCCUGGAGCGCCGGGCGGGGUCGGGCCGAGGUGUCCGGCCCGGAGGUACGCGGGCGGGGGAAGCCGAGAGGACCGCGGGGAAACGGACUGAGCUGCGGCCACGGGGCCCCAGGCCCUUCUGUCGGAUAGUCCGGGGUCUCGGUCCCCGCAUUGCCCCCCGCCCGGCCCCGGCCCGAAAACGCUGUGGGGGCGUGCACUCCCAGGAGAGGGGACAGGCCGCGGUUCGAGACCGUGUCUCCUCCGCCGCGCCCCCGCGGGGGCCAGACGCGUGCCCGGGGCAGGAUGGACGCGGGCGCGCGCACGGGCGGCGGUGGGGGCUCCUCCGGAGGCUCCGCGGCGGCAGCGGCGGCGGCGGCGGCGCAGUCCCGCGAGUACAAGCUGGUGAUGCUGGGCGCCGGGGGCGUGGGCAAGAGCGCCAUGACCAUGCAGUUCAUCAGCCAUCGAUUCCCCGAGGACCACGAUCCCACCAUCGAAGAUGCAUAUAAAAUCCGAAUUCGUAUUGAUGAUGAACCGGCUAAUCUGGAUAUAUUGGAUACAGCUGGACAGCAGGCAGAGUUCACGGCCAUGAGGGACCAGUACAUGAGGGCAGGUGAAGGAUUUAUCAUUUGUUACUCCAUUACGGAUCGUCGAAGUUUCCAUGAAGUUCGGGAAUUUAAGCAACUGAUCUAUCGAGUUCGACGGACGGAUGACACACCUGUGGUGCUAGUGGGAAACAAGUCUGACCUGAGACAGCUACGCCAAGUCACCAAAGAAGAAGGCAUAGCUUUGGCCCGUGAAUUCAGUUGCCCCUUUUUUGAAACUUCAGCUGCCUACCGGUACUACAUCGAUGACGUGUUCCAUGCCCUUGUGAGGGAGAUCCGUAGGAAGGAAAAGGAGGCAGUGCUGGCCAUGGAGAAGAAAUCUAAACCCAAAAGCAGUGUGUGGAAAAGACUGAAAUCACCUUUCCGAAAGAAAAAAGAUUCAGUAACUUGAAGGGACAAAUUAAAAUGUUGUACCUGUGAACUGCAGCGUGUAACCAGAGCAGUCCAGUGACCUGCAGAGUUUGCUCUUCCUCCUGUUUGGACCAUUGUUUUUUACAUAAGGCAGAGAUGAAGGGACGUGCCUACUGGGGGUUUCCAAUGACGUGGGCUUUAGAGUAAUGUCUCCUAGUUUCCAGGCUUAUGAGCCCAGUGGGGCAGUGCCUCCAUUUUUGUUUUAAAUUGUCACUUUUGAGUUUAACCCAUAAGUACUCUGAACUCAGUCGCUGGUAUUAAUGUUAGCAAAAAUGUCUACACACAGGGUGGGGUGUUUCCCUCAUAGGAGCUGCACCAAGCUCCCAAGAGAAUGAUUUGUCUGCUGUGCAAUCUAUAUUGUCUUUCAACUUUCAGUUUCCUGGGGUUGCCCCAGAGGAGGGACCUUUGUCUUUCCUGUUCAUACUCUGCUUUCUAAAGGCAGAGCAGAAAGCCAGCCCAGCCAGGAAACCUGUUCGAGUCAGUGCUAAAGAUCAUUAGAUAGCUGGUGAGCUGACUCUCAUUGCCAUGCACGAGAUGGAAGACUGGAGGUGGUGAAGGCGUUAAGUGUGUGCAGGGGCUCUGCUGGAAAUGGUUCGUUAGGUGAGCCAAUCAUAAGAUCCUCAACAGUGCAAUAAUGCAGACCCUGUUUUCCUAAUACAUGCCAAAAUCGUUGUGUCUGCUGGAAUAGGUGAAUACAAACAAAUCAAGCACAGUGAAGUCUCCUGUGGUUCCCAUUUGCUUGGCUUACACAGCUUCACUGAGGUUAAUACUAUAGGAACCAUAAGAGGAUUGCCAAACCCUUCAUUAUAUAAAUAAAUCCUCAACCUGCUUGCCAUCAUCUUGGUUAGGAUCAUUAAAAGUUUUCAGGGACAUAUAGACCAGUACAUUUACCUGCUCCCUUCUAAAUCUCCCCACCUUUUUUUUUUACCCCCCCAUUGCUUUCCAAAAAGACAGUAACACACUGCCAUGGGGAAGAGCAAAACCUAGGGGAACUAUCUUUUGGGUUCUUCACACUGUUGAGAUCGGGAAAAGUUGUAUGUGUGCCUUCUGGAUACCCAGAACCUCUCAACUUGGUGCUUUUAAAAAAAGAUUACUGUAACAUCUAGAUUUUUACCCACUUAAAGCUGUCAUUAAGGGGGCCAUUUCUUUAAAAGUUUGAAUUUGUACAAAUUUAGUUUAUCCUUGAAUAUUUUCACAAGUACUGCCUUGCCCAUGCUGAAAUGCCGUUAGUGAUGUUGAGUUCUCUAUUGUCAAGUAUCGUUUUGACAAGAGAACUUGGAAUGUGCAGAGAUGGGAUGCAGAAGGGCUCCAGGUAGUUACUGUUUGCAGGAGAAAACAGCUUUGACAUUGUGUCUGCCUUUCUCUACUUUGACCUUUAAUAAGAUGACCUUGCAUUUCUAUAGCACCUUCGUAAAAAGAAUUAAAAUUCCCCGUUCUACCCUUCCUCAGAUACAGAAGACAGGGUUGUCAGUUUGUUUUCCAUUUAUGGGUUGGAAGAAAAAAGUACUCUUUUUAUGUGGAUGCUGCUGCUAGAUAAUAAACCAUGUGCUCUAAUAUUCAAGAUAAGCAAGAAAGCAUGACCCAAAAUGAAUAUUCAGAGAAAGAUGACUUUUGGGGUCCUUUAUGGCUGUGGGGUAGGAGGCUAGAUAAAACAGUACAAUAGAGCAGCAUUUCACCUUAUUUUAAAUGUCUUAAGAGACUUAAAUUUUGUAAGAGACACAAGGCAUUGUAUUGGUUAUGAAAUCAUUUAUGUCAGCCCUACAAUAGCACUUGGUCUGGUGAACCCCGUGACAAAUGUUCCAUGUUCUUCCCCUUCGACCCCCCCUCCAAAGAUCUGUAAGACAAAGGGGAAUUCUGUGCCAUGUAACAGGAAAAGGAAAUAGCUGGCUUCUAUUUUCAAGUUUAUCACUUUAAAAAAAAAUUUUUGUGGUCAGUUGGCAGAUAUAUAUUUAAGUUCCUACUAUGUGCAAGGCACUGUGCCAGGUGCUAUGAGGGCUAUAAAGCCAAAUACGGUACAGUCCCACCUUUUCCUCCAAAAGAUGAAUAUCAAGUGUUUAAAUUUACAAUCCAAGAAUUAGCCAGGUUAUUUCAUUCUUUCUUAUCUUUAACUUUCAGGCCUUAAUUAACCUAUCACUUUUUUUUUAACCUAUUACUUUUUUUUUUUAGUGAGGCAAUUGGGGUUAAGUGACUUGCCCAGGGUCACACAGCUAGUAAGUGUCAAGUGUCUGAGGCAAGUCACUUAACCCCAAUUGCCCCACAAAAAUCAAAAAGUCAAAAGGCAGGACCACCAACCCAGAUCAUUAAAUGGAUGCACUUAGUAGGAUUUGCUUUUUGGAAAUGGGAAGGGGGCAUGUUUUGAUUUUGAAACAACUAGUUAAGUCAACAGCAAGUCCUUGUCUGUAAUGAUCAGGAAAAGAAAGAGAAUGCUUUUCAUUUAUUCACAUAUAUGAAGACAUUAAUUGUACUUGACAAAAUACAGAACUUUUUGAAAAAGAAUUAAUGUUUGCUUUUUUUGGUCUACUUGUGAGUGAAAGUGCUUGGAACCACACAGUAGUGUGACAGAAGUACUUUUGUAUUUUAAAAGGACUUAAACCAAUACAUUAGGUUAUAAGAAGACAGAUUCUGGCAUGAU